GCCCGCGCCCCUCGGUGCGCCCGUCUCAUUGGCUGAAGGCAACCCCCCUGAAUUCUCAUAGGCUGUCCCACUUUUCCUCCGCCCCCCGCACGGACAGCGCGCCGCGAGAGCCAGGGAAGCUGCUCUAAGUCCGGGCCUGGGAGCCGUGGCUCGGCUCGCCGCUGCGAGAGGAGCGGAGCGCGGGGCCGGGGGCCGCUGUUCCCACCCGGGGACGCUCUUGCGGAGCCGAGCCCGGCAAAUGGGCGCACGAGGAAGAGAGCAGGGAAAUGGACUGCUAUUUGCGCCGCCUCAAACAAGAGCUGAUGUCCAUGAAGGAAGUGGGUGAUGGCUUGCAGGACCAGAUGAACUGCAUGAUGGGCGCGCUGCAAGAACUGAAGCUCCUCCAGGUGCAGACAGCUUUGGAACAGCUGGAGAUCUCCGGAGGGAGUCCUGCCCCGGACUGCCCGGAAAGCCCCCGGACGCAGCCCGAGCCCCCUCCAUGGGAGGGUGGCAGAGGUCCUGCCACGCCUGCAGCCUGCCCCAUCUCCAACCAACCUUCUCUUGGCGCCAAGUUUCCAUCCCAUAGCAGUGCCUGUGGGCGGGACCUGGCCCCCCUGCCCAGGGCACAGCGACUGGAGCAUCGAAGCGGUGCCCGGCAGGGGCCAGAGCUGAUGGAACCGGAAGACUGGACCUCCACCUUGAUGUCCCGGGGCCGGAACCGACAACCUCUGGUGCUAGGUGACAACGUUUUUGCAGACCUGGUGGGCAACUGGCUGGACUUGCCAGAAGUGGAGAAGGGUGGGGAGAAGGGGGAGGCGGGGGAGCCCAAAGGGGAGAGGGGCCAGCCCAGGGAGCUGGGCCGCAGGUUUGCCCUCACAGCGAACAUCUUUAGGAAGUUCUUGCGCAGUGUGCGGCCUGACCGAGACCGGCUGCUGAAGGAGAAGCCAGGCUGGGUGACGCCCACGGUCUCCGAGCCCAGAGCCGCCCGCUCACACAAGGUCAAGAAGCGGAGCCAUUCCAAGGGCUCUGGGCAUUUCCCCUUCCUGGGCACUGCAGAGCCCAGAAGGGGGGAACGUCCUUCCACAAGCUGCCCCAAGGCCCUGGAACCCUCACCUUCUGGCUUUGAUAUUAACACAGCUGUUUGGGUCUGAGUCCUAGAGACAGAACAUUGACUGAACCCAACAUGACCGGGUCCCAGUGCUGGGCCCUGGGAAGGAUGGGGUGUGGGCACUAUGGCUUUCAAAAGCCUAACUCCGAAUUCCUUUCCUCCAGAAAGGAGGGAGAAGCAGCAAGAGUGUCUGGAGCAGGGCUGACCAGUGUGUGGUUGAGAGAGGCUGGCUUGUGGGGAGGUGAGGGCUCCUGGGCUGAAAGAGAGACAUUGAGAGAGACAGUGGUGCUCACUUUGGGACUGCAGGUGACAAUGAGGGGCCGGGGGAGGAGACCAGGCAAUCCUGACAUUCCUUCAGGGCCCCCAAAGACUUCAGUUGAACAUUCUGUAUGGAUUAGGGCCCUGGGGUCUCAGGUUCCCCCAGAGAGGCCCCCGACCUGGCCCCAACCUUAUAACCAUUGGCUUCCCUGGCAAGGCACUGCUCCAGACACAGGCAUGGAAACCCCAGCCCUCCUGGGAUGGGGAUCAGCAGAUUCCCACCCCCACUCCCUGUCGCCUUUAAGAUUUCAGCCCGUACCCGGGUCCUGAGACAUGGGCCGAAUAAGGAGUGUACCCAGGGGAGUACUUGAGAUAGCCCUAUGUCUUUUCAAAAGCACAGGAAAGAUAUCUAUCUGUAUAGCACUUUAAACGUUGGAAAGCCUUUUCAUGUCAUCUUCUGAGUAAGCAAGUAGGGCAGUUACCACCCCCAUCUCCCAGGUGAGGAAGCCGGCCUAGAUACGCCCCCUGCGGGCAGGAGGCAGACCGGAGCAGUGCAGCCCUGGAGUCACACGCGCUCCUUCCCCCCGCACCCCGCCUCCAGCACCGAACCCGCACCCCGGACACAAGCGCACGGGCAUCCGCCGGCGCGGCGAAGGUGCGCCCACUCGACGCGCGCACUCAUGUUUAGAUUCCCAGCCUCACCCCGCGGCCUCCCUCCCCGCUGGGCGCGGAGGCCCGUCUGGCCGGACCAGACCGGCGGCGGGGAAGGGGAAGGGCCGGGCGGGCAGCUCCGCUCCGAUCGCGCGGCGCCUAGAGCUUUCCUGGAGCGGCGCACGUGGCCCUCCCGCCCCGCAGGGAACGCCCGCUGGCUGGGAAGAGACAAUGCGGGUCCCUGUUUGGGCCCGGCCCCGCCCUGCAGGCCCUCCCCCUCUCCUCCCCUCGCCCCUCCCGGCUGAUGGGGGGUGACAGCUGCAAUUAGACGCAAGCCGCCUUCCCGCCCUCGGAGCAUUAACAGCUAACUGGAGGAGAAGAAUAACAAGCGAGGCUCUUCCUGCAUCCUGGACCCCUGGAGACCAAGAUGGCGGAGGGAGGAGGCUUCGCGCGGCCCCCCCACAGCCGGAGGUGGGGCCAGUUAGGGUCACUCUCAGACCCCCGCUCCAUCACGUGGGAGAUGUUUGGUUCUUGGUGGCGGAAGCUACCAGACGAAAGGUGCUACUUCUAGGUAUUUUCUCCAGUGCUCGCUAUUUGCCAGGCAGUGUGCAGAACCAUGCCUUCCAAACUUCAGAAUGGCCCUAGAAAGUACCAUCUUCCCGGUAAAUCAGUGGGGGCUCUUUAGGGGUCAGAGAGGCUGCCCAGAUCAGGCUUCUAGCUAAUGGAGGAGCCAGGAUUUGGAACAGGAUUGUCUGGCUGCAAAACGGCCUUUUCUCCUGUCCCCGGAGUUUGCUGGUAGAGCCAGCCCUUUUCUGGAGGAGCAAGUCCCCGCUCAUCCUUUCUGUCUCCCCGGGGAACUGAGAUAGUUCAGUGUGGGGUGAAGGCCCAUUGGCUGUGCCUGCCUUGCUGGGGGGCGCGGGGGGGGGGUGCGUGUGUGUGCGUGUGUGAGAGAGAGAGAGAGAGAGAGAGAGAGAGAGAGAGAGAGAGAGAGAGAGAGAAAGGGUCCUCUCACUAGGCCGCGGUGAAGUCACCAAGCUUUCAAUCCGGAAUGAUUCCACAGGAAACCAAGUCCCCUCUUGGCCAUUCAUCUGUGACCCAUCUGUUCUGUGGACCGGCCAUGGCAAUCCGGACCAAGUGAACCAAACUUUAUUGCACACCUCCCAGUGCCAGGCACUGCGACAGGAACUCAAAACAGCAAGGAAAAGGACCGGGCUCCUGGCUCAAGGGGUUCAGUGAGAAGCAGCAACUCCUAACCCAACGGUUGGCCAGAAGGGAUCCAAGGGAAUGAAAACUCAUUUUAACUCAGGCCAGAACAAAACAAUUAGGAGUGACAUUUGCCACCAACAGAACUCACAGGCAUCGGGCGCCGCCAUCUCUGUGUUCUCAUUUCCUUCUCACCACACUCUGAAAGGGGCUGCUGAUCCCCUUACUUUACGUGGAGCCGCUCAGAGAAGGCAAGCAACUUGCCCAAGGUCACAGCGGCGGAGCUGGGAGUGAACCGGUCGCGAUAGACUCCCAGCCUGGUGCUUUGCACACUACCCCACAAAGUGUCCAUUUCUGCUCCAAAAGCCAAGUCAAGAGGAACAACAACAAAACCUGUCCUCCCCAUAUUAUCCAUGCAUGGAUAGUAAAUGGAAUGCUCACUGUCCGGUGGGGGAAUUUUGCCCUGGUCUUGACUGGGCUGGUGUAAUGCCCUCAUCACUAGGUCAUGCUUUGCUAAUGAAAGACUAUGGCCAGUUCAUUUACACACACACACACACCACCACCACCACUAGUUUUUCCUUUUCCUUCUUUUUCUGGGCUUUUGUUGUGACAGGAUGGAGAGUGUAUUUCACUGAAGCUGAGGGGAGAGGUGAAUGGGAAUGCCUGGGGCCUAAGUGAUGCAGGAAAAGUGUAGGGGUGGGGAGCAGCGGGAUGAGGGGGAGGUAGUGGAAGUUAGCAGAGGGAAAUUCACAGCUUAAUUCUGCCCCUGGGGCUCAUUUUAUGGUUAAUUAGGACAUGCAAAUAAGCUGGAAGCUCAUUUAAUACUCUCCCUGGCAUGGAGCCCUGCCUCACACCUAGCCCACUUCCCUGGCAGGUACAAGGACCCCCUGAUUGGCCCAGGCCCCCACCUGCUUCUCUGUGGCUCUGUGGCCAGAGUGUGUCUCUAGAUGUUCCCCCACCAUAAGCAGGAGCUAGAAGAGUCCUUGCUGGGCCUGCCUGGUUUCCCUCCUUUCUUUCUCUUUCCAACCCUUCAGGACUGGGACCCCUCUUUCCCAGAGGGGCGUCCCCAAGCACCUCCCCUGCACCCACCCCUCAGGUUGAGAUCUGAACCCAAACUUGCCCAGAGGAAUAGAGACCUGGUUCGGCUCUGUCCCCACGACAUCCCCCUUGCUCCCCGUCGGGGAGGGAGCACCCCAUCUUUCCCAAGUCACACCAUUUCCUACAGGGCCUCCAUAAAAGCAAAAGCACAGCUUGUGACUUUGGGUAGCAGGGGCCUGUCUCCAGCUUUCAACACACCUCAGGUCACCCCCCACCUUCUCCACCCAGAGCAGUUAAGGCACUUCUGCCAGUACAAUGGAAUGCGCACUGGAUUAGGAGUCCUCCAGGAUCUGAGACCCAUUUCUGUCCCUGUCAGCUUGAGUAUGUCGCUUGAUCUCUCUGAGCCUCAUUUUUCUUGUCUGACAUGGGGAUAAUGCAGGGCUGCUGGAGCUUUGAAGGACGUAAUGCACACCAUGUAGACACAGCAGAAGCUCUCUACUGGGUCACCUGACCUUCGGUUCAGGCACUAACCAUGUGAACCAGAGCGAAACUGCUAGAAAAUAACAAAAACUUUCACUGGGGCUUGGUUUCCUCUUCUGUUAAAAAAAAUGUAUACUGGCCCUAUUACCUCACCAGACUGUAGCAAGGAUCAGAGAAGACAAUAGGUUUCUGUAUUAUCUUCUAUUGUCUUCUCUGCAAUGUUUUUGUACAUGGUAAAAAUAUAACCCAGGUGGGCUGUUACUUGCGAAAUGGCAAACAAUUUACACUUUCUCAUAGAGGAUGACGUGUGUUGGGGGGGGUGGGUAUGGAGAGAGCAGCAGGGGGGCUGAGCGCAGAAAUGGUGCUUGAGGACCCCAGUGCCUGAGGAUGUGCUCUAGGGAACACUGCCACCCGUCUGUCCCUCACAGUCCCUCUGUCCCCAGCUGGCCCUCACAGUCAACCCCGAGGCCCUCACAUUCCUGGCAAGGACUGGAGAGUUGAAUGAGCCAAGUUCUGAAGGCUUUGAGAAGAGUCCAGCCCCUGAUCUGCUCUCUGCUCUUUAAGGCCUUGGUCCCUAGAGUCCCUGCUAAGCUCCACACCUCACCCCCUACCAUCCCUCCAGUCACCCUGGGGACUAAUGGCCUAAAGAUGCUAGUGGCUGUCCUGCUAGGAUCCACUCCCCCCAAUGGGGCUGGAGGUGCCCUGAAACCCUCUCUCACAGGAGGUCUCGGGACCCAGGAUGGUGCAGAUGGAGGAAGGGCCUAGUAGAUCCAGGGCACAAGGCAAGAUAAGCACCUCAGACUGUAGUUACCCCCUUGGUACUGUUUUUCUUUUUUUACUUUUAUUUUCAAACUAUGCUUUACACCCAACGUGGGGUUUGAACUCAGGACCCUGAGAUCCAGAGUCGCAUGCUGUACUGACUGAGCCAGUCGGGCGUCCCAGACAGCAGUCAUCCCCCUGGUACUAUUAUUAGGAUGUUCCUGCCUCCCUCUUACUUCCUCUACCCAAUCCUUAGAACAAAGAGGAUGAAGAGAACUCUCCCAGAUUCACUCUGAAUUUGACAAAGGACUUAGAACCUGCUUCUCGGCCCGUGCUCUUCAAUCAGUCUGGACACGCCCGCUGCCCACCACCUCCAAGCUUCAGGUGUACCCCACCCCCAAUUCUGCCACAUGCGCACACAGGGGUCACGGUGAAGUCAGCCUUGCCUGAAACAUCCCUGGGUCCACAUUCCAUCCCCUCCUGAGCCCUCCUCUUUCUUCCUCCCCCUUCCUUCCUUUCUUCUAGGGUCCCCCCGCCCUGCCCUGGUCUCUCCAAAGUCAUCUUUGAGUUUCUGGUCAGAGAGAGGCCCCUGAGGAACACUGAGGCAGGGAGCCCUCCUGGGGUGCCUACCCCUCAACACAGUGCUUGGGGCAAUCAUAAUCUGACAAGGGACUGCCAUACUUGUUUGUGCUGCCUCUUGGCGGGGCCCGGGUGCGGGAGGGAGCAGGAUCUCCAGCUCCAUAUACUAAGGCCUCAGGCUGCAGCUGCUGCACUCCCCGGCUUCCACUCCACAGAAUCCAUUCUCUCUGGAUCUGCCCCUCUGGGCAUGGCGCCCAAGAUGACCACCCCAUUCCAGGGAUCUAGGAAUCCCUGCCAAAAAUCACCUCUCGCAUGCUCAGCACCUCCACCCUCUCCUGCCCAUGACCCAGCUCUGGGCUGUCCUCCCGGCCCCUCUUCCUGCCCUCUCCAGUCCCAGAAAGAAGCCCCCUGGCAGCCUCCAACUGGUCAGGGAGGGGGGCUUCAGACACAGCAGAUGCCACCAACUGAGGCUACCUGGUGGCUCUCAGGGGCACUGCUUGUUGGGGGGUGGGGGGGGAGGUGUCUCCCGCCAAGGGAAGAGUCCGGUUUUGUUUUCUGGUUUCUGGCUCUGCUGUCACCCCGUCUGGCCACUUUCCCGUUCCUCCCGUGCCUCUCCCUUAGCCCCCUUCCUCUUCUCCUCCUGACUGGAGGCUGCAUCUGCAAGGAAAUGCUGCCCCUCGGCGGGGAGCACAGGGGAGGGGAAGGAAAGGUCUUCAGGUUCUGUGACUUCAUCCUCACCUGGCCUCACUGUUCUAGGUGUCUGGAGGCCCCGCCCUGCCCACUCAGACCCUGGGGGACUUGCUUCUUUAUCCUCCAGGGAGGUGUGUUACUGAGCACUGCAAGCAUGGGCUCUUUGCCUCUAGGUCUUUCCAUGGGCUGUUCUCGGAGACUCCAGGUUCCUCAAGGCCCCAGACUGGCUUUUUACUCAGCUUUCGCUGCAGUUUAAAGGGCACCUCCUCUGAGAAGCCCUCCCCAGGGGCCUCACUUGUGCCCGUAUACCGAACCACAGGACCCACUUUCAAAUCGCUCCCGUGCAUGUUCAUCUAGAUCGUGAGCCCCUCUGGGGUGGCAAGUACUCAUUACGCAUUUCUGUAUCUUGGUGUGACUGUGACCUCUCCUCGUUGUCAGGGUGAGCCCUCUGCCCAGCCCACUCCUGCGACAGGAAGGCCAGCAGUCAAGGCCUCCUCAGCUGCUCCCAAGGCCCACUUUCAGGACAGCUGACAAGCUCCCUCCUGGCCCCGUCUCCAAGCUGUGGUGCGGUCCCCUCUGCGCCACCUAGUACUUUGGCUUACUCCACCCUCGCUUCCCAGGUCAGUUCUGUUCUCCUGCAGGCUGCCUGGGGGCCCCAGUGUCCUUGGGCCGCCCAGAACUCAGACCCUUCAGAUGGCCACCACAGCUGCUUCUCUCCCAGGCUGGCUCCGUCCCAAAUGGGUCCCCAUUUCCAGCCCAGAGGACAUCGCUUUUACCCCAGCCUCCAAAUUGUCCCCCUUUCUGCCUGCGCCCCCUACACCGGUCUUGCUGACCUGGCUCAUCUCCUUGUCCAUUCUGGCAACGACCUCUGGCUCCAGACUUACUCUCCCCGAGGAGUUUUUCCUAACCUGCCUUGCCAGGGAUCCCCACCCCUCCUGGGGACAUUGAGUCUGCUAGAUUCUCCUUCCCCCAUUGUGAUUAUGGAGGGUUAGGCAGGGCGGGGCAACGGGGAAGGAAGUUGAGAGUUGGGUGUUCGGGCUUCCCUACCUCCAGCCCCGCUACUGGCCACACUCCAGGCAUUGUCUCCAGCGGAGGGGGGGACCGAGCUGCCCACAAGGCCAAAUUUGUAGUCAUUUGUGUAAAGUGGUGGGAAAGGGGAGGGUAUCAGGCAUAAAUUUAUUUUUUAAAGCAAAAAAAAAAAAAAACAAAACCAAAACCCAAAAAACCCAACAGAGAUUCUUCCCAGUGGGCCAAGUGCAGCACCUGAAAUCCCUACACGGACUCAGGCUGGGAACGUGGGCCUAGAAGGGCCAGCAGGCCUGCGAGCACUCGCUCGAAGCCUGCCACGCACACUGCCACGGUGCAGGGGCAGCCCAGGGAGCCUGCUCAUUACCACAGGGAGCACUGGGCCAGACUGACUUAGGCAGGUCUUAGAAUCCCUGGUCUGAGGUUCCAAGCAUCUUUUGAGAUAAGUCCAUUUAUAUAGCAGAAAAUAAGGAGGUAGGCUCUGCAUCUGAGAUUUCAAGGGCCCAAAGAAUUCCAAAUCCUCUGGCCUUGGCUUCAGGACCCUGCCAGGAGUUCGGGGAUCAAGUAUCUUUAAACUUCUCCCUUAAAGGUAUCCUUUCCCAAGAAAGGCAGAGCUGAGAACCUGUCCCACAAUUCCAUGCCCUAGUUUUCCCAACUGGGAAGGCUUAGCAUCCCCUUAAUCCCGGCGGCCCCUUCAAAUUGCUCAAUCCACCCAACUGGGGACACUGGUGAUGCGACAGGAGCUACAGUGUGGCCUGUGCCUUCCCUCUCACCCACAAGGGAAGGCCUGGAUGACGGGACCUUGGUGGGGAAGCUCGCAGCUACGCAACAGAGUGAAUUCAGGAAAAGAGCCCCCUUCCUAGACUUCCCGAUCACUGGUGGGUGCCGAGGCAAGGGCUGGGAGGGCCAGAGGCUGCGGUCUCCCACUGUGAGCUAACAGCAGGGGGAGGAGAACUUGAGAGGGUGUGAGGGUGGAACCCAGAUUUGCUGCAUGCCCCCAAGGUGCCAAAAGGCCCAAGGGGAGCAGAAUCGUGUCAGAUAGAGUGGAGCAGCAGAGUUAAUAAGGGAGAUUUUUCUCUUCAAUCCGAGUAUCUUUGCCUGCCAGAGUUAUUAAUGCUGGUUCCCUUCUAAACUGAGCUUUUGUUUGCGAAUGAUCACGACCACGUGACUGAGACCAGCUUCAUUCGGGAAAGGGGGUAAAUGAAGUGAGAAAUGCAGACUGGAAAGACCAUUCGUCCAUGGGGAGUCACCCUUGCAACCCUGGCGUUUCGUCCAGAUCCCUUCUGAAAUUUCUCCGUCCCUUCUCCGUGGCCCCCAGAUGAGCGCCAGGCCCUAUUUUCCUAGCUCACCCUACCAGAAGGUCACCUUCUUGUUUCAAAGCCGGCCACAAUAUGGCUCCACCCUACUCCCUAGCCCAUGGCUUCCACAUUAAUGCCAACUUCUUGCUCCCGUUUCCUGCAAAUCUGUGACACUCUACCCCAUGCUCACCUACUGAAAUUCUACCCUUUAAGGCCAGUUCAAACUCCCCUCCCUGAAGCAUUCUGGCUCCCCCAGAACAGAAAGCAUCGGUCCCUUCUCUCUCCCACUACUUUGCCGAACACUUCUUUACGGUACUUUUUAUUGGUUCUUUGUGCCCUCCCAGCUUCUACAAUCCCAUCCUUUCUUCCCACCGCCAUGCUUGCCCACGCUCCUAUGUGGCUCAGCCCCUUUACUUGUGUGCUAGAUUCCGUCCCUGUAGCCUGUUUUCCUCCUCAGUGGGCCACUCCUAGGCGUGCACCAACAUGUGCUGCUGCAACCGUCUUAACAGGAGUCCGCACCUGACCUUUCCAAUGCCCCCUACGGCCCCACUGAUGGCCCAUCGAGGUCACCAUGACCUUCAUGCUCUCCUUUGCCAAUCCCUCUUCAUCUCCCAACCUCAUGAUGGAGUCCCUGGACUUCUCUACCUACAGUCAACACUAGCAGUCCUAUUCAGCUCCACGUUCUUAAACAUUCAAAUGGUGUGAACCUCCUGGCCAGGUCUCUUCAUCUGAAUUCCAGACACCUGUCCAACUGCCUACAGUGCAACUCGAGGAUCUGACCCAUUCCCAACACUUUGUUCCAAACGGAACUCCCAAACCUGCUUCUGCCACAAUCUGCACUAUCUUGAUUAUUGGCAAGCAAUCUUGGGGGUCAUCCUUGAUUCCUCUUUCUCUCACACUGCACUUGAGUCAGGAGGUCCUGCCGGCUCCACUUUCUCCUAACUGGUCUCUACAAGCUAUUCUCAACUCAGCAGCCAGAGUGUCCUGAUGAGAGGCUGUCAGAUCAUGCUCUCUAUACCCUUUGCUGAAGUCCCUUCUGUGGACCCCACGCAGCCAGUGCUUGAACUGUACUUGAACAUGUAGGCACUCGUCCAUCUCAUGGCAUCUGCAGACCCUUCCCAAUGCACCGAAGGCCCUUCUUUCCCCCAUGCAGUUGGGUGGGCUGCACAUUUCAAACAUUUACACAAACAGCAACUUCAGCAAAGAUAUAAACCUUCAGCCCACCACAACAUUCUCUCCGCCCAGCACUCCUAGCCUUUGAACUCUUCUCCACAGCACUCAUUGCGUACGUACACACACACACAAACACACACGCACGCACAUUUUUCUGCCUCCUGCCAAAGAUUCCUCGAGGGAAAAGAUUUUGUUUUGUAUUAUUCACUGCUGUAUUCCCAACAUGCAGAUCAGUACCUGGCAUAGAGUAGAAGCAACUAUUUGCUGAUAGGCCCCUAAGGAUCAUCUGCUUUAUAUGCCCUACAAGAAUUUGUACACGGUUAAAAGCAAGCACAAGAACUUGCACAUGGUUAAACUUUACCAAAAAAAUACACUGAAAACAACAGCUCAAAAUAAGAGUCACAUCACGGCUUAAAACGGGAAGGUUUAUUAAGGUUUUUCCUCAAGAGGAACAGCCAAGCCCAUGCUUCUUAAGAGAAGCAAUUAGCAGGAAAUGUAUGUCACACCUUGAGCCCAGAAUCACAGGAGGCUUCUUCUUAAAAAGCCAGAGCUAUAUCCCCCAAUUCCCUUUUAAAGCUCUUCUUAAUGUCUGCAAAACAAUCGAUGUCGCCUUCCCAGAAAACAGAACUAGGCAUCCAGUUCAAAGUCUCCAGCUGUUCUCAACAAGCAAAUUUUAGUAAGACAUGGCAUUAAAUAAAUGGACUGUGCAUUCAGCAAACCCAAGAUGAAACUGCAGUAAAAAAAAUUUCAUAUUCAAUGUAAUGUCUGUACUACAUUUUCAAGAAUAACUUGCAUUUUUUACAUUUUUGGGGAAUAGAAAUACUAAAAGCUUGGUGGCUGGACUACCUCAAAGCUCACAUUCAUUUCCUUCCCUGCACAAGAUGGGCUUCUUCCAGAUCCUGGACAAGCACCCAAACCACUCUACCCUUUUAAGUUUGGAGCUGAGUCAAGAGGGGCUAUUUCAAUACACAUUUAAGUAGCACCUUUUUAAAUAAGUACAAGACCCAAAUAAAACAAGAGGUUAUUAUUACAAGCUAUUUUCUUCCUCCAAAUACCAAUUUCUUCACACUCUGGUUUCACCACACACAUAUAAUUUUUAAGAGCAUAUUUUAGGUCUUCUAGCAUUCUACUGUGAUUGCAUAACAAGGAAAAAACUGAGGUAAUCUUUCUUCCUGUCCCUCAGUCCUAAAAACAAAAAUCAGAUACAUGAACUGACAAAUAUAUGUGUACCUAAUGAGGAAAAUGAGGCAAAAUAUUUGAACUUGGGCAGGUCCAGAUAACGGAGAACGUUCCUAUAUAGAGAAAAAUAGCUCCAGACCAAGUAGCCUGUCUUAAUAAUGCUGGUAAUAAAAUAGAGAUCAGUACCUUCCCAAAGAUUAAUUUUUCCCAAGUACAUUCUAACUUCAAAGAAACAAGCUGUUUCACUGAGGGGUAAAAGGCGGUCAGUUAUGAUGGCAGAUCAAGAUGCCAAAGAGAGAUUACUUCAAAGCUGUAGGGGAAAGAGAAUAACAUACCAACACCCAUAUUUCUCCAAACAUUCCUGAGAGAACUCUGUGACCAGUUUAAUAAAUUACAGCGUUUUCAUAUCUUUGAUGAAUUUCUUACAUAUCUUUCCUGCCUGGUAGAUUGGAAAUUCUUGAGGAAAGGCCUUUAUGCCUCUUCGUGAAGCAAGCAGUGUUUAUUUAUAAGAACAGAUGGAUUGAAUGCAUACUGUUCAUUCAAGGCUUGCAGAAGUAUUUAACUGAUACUGAAGCUCCCCCUGGUGGAGGGUAAAAUGAUAGAUUAUGUAUUUACUGUUAAUUUUUAAAACUAGAUUGGGGGCACUAGUAAGCUAUUAAAGUCAUUUGUGUUUUAAUGGGAAAAAAAUUAUCAACUAUGAUAUCAAGCCUCCUUUAAAUGAUAUGUUACUCAUCUGGCCAAAGGCGUUCUACUUUAAAGAGUCACAAAUACGAACGUGGUGUCAGUUCUUGGAUGUUUAUCAUAUGAAAUUCAUAUAUAUUUGAGGGCUUUUUUACUUUUCAGCUAUAAAAAGUACAUCAAAUACAUCUUAUUUUGGGGCACCCUCCCCUCUGAAACCAAGACUACAGAGUCCACAGGGACAAGAUGAAAGCACACCUAUCUUCCUUUCUGACAGGCUACCCUUCCGCCUUACUCAGCAUGGCAGAUUUCCUUGCGGAGAGUAAUGCAUCUCCCUGACUUCAGUGGGUCCUGCUCUGCAUGCUGCUGUGUGCUCUAGGGCACGUCUCUUCACAGUCCUAUUGGAUCCCAAGUGGACUGUGUAAGAUGUGACCAAGGAAUCCAGCACUGUCAUCUUUCUCUCCCAUGUUCUGAAACGGAGGGCAAACUGAUGCUAUUAGUCCAGCACAGGGGAGUUACUCUUGGGAGUUACUCUUACUUAACAAUUUCUUAUCUAUCUGGCAAAUAACCACACAACCUAUGUAACAGGUAAUAUUUAGCAAUUUUUACUUACGUGCGAGAUGUUUUGUCUAUAAUUUUAAGUCCAAAGGCAUGUCUGAGAGGUGAGUUUUCAAGCAGAAUGGCUGUAGAGGACCUUAAAAUAUGCCACCUUGACCUGGACAGACUGGCCCUAAUGCUUCACUUAUUUAUUUUUAAUUUAUUGCAUUUAUUAGACUUUUGGCCCCUCAAUCCCAGACAUCUGUGUAACUGGAUCAGUAGAAGGAAAGUAUUAGUUAACUAAAUUUAUUAGAAACUCAAAAGAAUACAAUUUCCAUUUUUUUUUUUUUUUUUACAAUAUUUUAACAUUUUCUUAGGUUGGUCAGAGCUUACAUUUGAAAUCUUAUUCCUAAAUCUCAAUUUAGUAACCGAUGGCCUGACCACAUUCCUGGGAAGUCUCAGCAAGGCAUGAACACUACUUCAUACCUAGUUGCAACGAGACAGUAUCUAGAUCCCUGAGCAGCUAUGUAGACUUUCUAGGACUAGUCUCCUCCUCAGUAUUUGGGGACAAGGCACAGGGUUUUCUCAGCUUGUUUCUUGCCUUCGCCAGCACUUAACUGGCCGACAAGCUGUUUUGCUCUACCUCUAUGGAGAACACGUAAGCCAUAUCGAUACCCUAGAUCCAUGUCCUCAUUAAGUGUCAUCUUUGUAAAAACAGAAACAACUGGGAAGGAAAAGAAAAGCACCACUAUAUAGCCAGCUAAAAUUUUAACUUAGCGAUCUUUUCCAUACUAUGACUACUACACUACUUCAUAUACAGUCGAAGCAAAAGCAACUGACACAUUCUCCGUAUGCGUUUUCACUUUUCCCCACUUCUCUCAAAUUCUUCAAUCUAUUAUAAAGCAAAUUUGAAUAUUUUUACAUAACAUUUCAUUGGUGGGCUUAUACCCAACAUAUUAACAAUGACAAAAGGAUUCCCUUGAUGAAAUUACAAGCUGUGGAAGAUCUGAAAUAGUAAAGUUAACCCCUGAUACAGUAUUAAACUUAUUUUUACAUAUAAAAAUAAUACACAGUGGGAUAUUUUAUUCAAUAAGAUACAAUCUUUAAGAUCAAGAGAGAAUAUACAAAACUAAUCUAUGUAGUCUGAUGUAGUCUGCUGUAUAGUAGGAAUAAAUACAUCUAGAACAGAAAGUGUGAGGUCUGUUCUUAGAGAAAUUACCAAUGACUUAGGGGUUUAAAGCCAAGUGUUCUGUAGGUACAGGCAGAAGGGAGCUACUGUUGCAUUUUAAAACAAUGUGGCCAUUAUAAAAUAAAAGCCUUAAAUCUAUAAACAAUAACAAAAACACACAAACCAAAUGAAAAUGUACUAAAAUUUAAUCAUCCAAAAAAGCUGUAAUUUAAUCUGACAGUAAAACACAAGAAGCAAUAUUAGAGUUGGUUUAGUAUAUUAUAUAUUUUAGCUUUGAAAGCCAUAGAAAUCAGUUAUCCCAGUUUUUUUCCUAUAAAAGACCCAUUUUUCCAAAGCAUUAUGCACAAUUUUAAUUAGAAUAUAAUGACAGAAUGAUAUUUCAUAAUUUUUAAAUAUAAAAUGAAGUCAAUGACUCAAAAAGUUAUCUGCUGCAAUGAGUUUGAGGGGAAAUUUCAUAAUCUAUAUCAUUACAGAUAUAAAGUAUAAUGGUUCAACUUUUAGUUCUUGACAGGGAGGAAUCAUGAUAAAAAGGUCAAUAUGAAAUCAUCUGAUUAUAGUAGCAAUAUCUAACAUUUGAAAUGCAUCCAUGCUCUUUUGUAUAAUCAUAUUAGAGUCAAGUAUAUUUAUUUUCACAUCUGUUAUAACUGCUAUUGCAAAGGAGAAAUACUAUUGUCUUAUUUUCCAAGAGAUAUACACAGAGCAAUUUUUUUUUUUCUCCAGGGAAUCUGUGCAAACCAAUAUAAGAUUUAAAUUCUUCACAUAAUAUAUAAAACAGGAGAAGCCUCUUCAGAUUUAAUUUUUGAAGUCUGGAAUGCUGGCACUUCCCAAUUAGGCAACAGUUCUUCAUUCCUGUAAUCUAGAACAUUGAAUAUAUAUUUAUAUUUAUAUAUAUAUAAAAUAUAUAUACACACACAUAUAUGGUUAAUCUCUUGAUGUCAGAAGAUGGUAGUGAACAAGGAGAUAUUCAAUCAUAUAGAAAGAAACAGAUAUUGGCUGAGUGUUACUAGACAACUAAAUUAUACUAAACAGCUACAGUAACAGGGCUAUUUUAAACUCCUUUUGAAAAUGUUUAAAAAACAGUUUUAUUAGUUUCACAAUCUGACAGUCCUGUCUGUAAAAAGGAAAACAGUAAUUAUUUCUAUCCCAUUAUCAUCUUA